AUGCCUCAUAUCUCGUCCCCGAGUGAACCGUCGAACGAUUCGAGGCCGGUUGAUGGGCAGCGGCUCCGGGCAAGAUGGGCAUCACUCUUCCACUUCACCUCCAAGAGGCAUCUUGCUCCCUUGGCUCUUGCUAUCAUCUUUAGCAUAGCCCGUGGGCUCGCGGUGCCUGUGCUUGCCUGGAUACUGGGCAGGUUGUUUAACGCAUUUUCUAGUUUUGGCUCUCAUUCAAUCUCUGCCAGCCAGCUGAUGUCGACUACCUCCCUCGAGUGCACGUAUCUUUUGGCCCUCGGGUCUGGCGUUUGGUUUUUGGAUUGGGCAUACUUCUCUCUGUGGGUUACCUUCGGCGAGCUGCAAGCCAAAAAUGCGAGGAAAUGGGCAUUUGAAGAGCUGCUGCGCAAGGAUAUGAGUUGGUUUGACGGAGUCACUGACGGGCUCCCUGCGGUCUUACCUCGAAUUCAAGCAUACAUCCGGGACCUUCAACUGGCCACCUCUCAACCCUUUGGUGCCACUCUAUACAACCUUACCGCUUCUGUGGCAGCCCUGGUUCUGGCUCUGUAUAUAUCAUGGAGUCUAACGCUUGUCUGCCUUGCAAGUGUGCCAGUUUGUGCAAUCAUAAUUGCUGUGUUCUCUUCUAAGAUUCAACCAAAGAUCGAGGGACAGCAGACGGCACUCACAAAAGCGUCCAAGUUUGCAACCACCGCCAUUUCUUCAAUCGAUGUAGUGAAACAUUUCAAUGGACAAAAAACGGAAAUCGAAAGCUAUAGAACUGCCAUCGAAGUUGCUGCACAUUGGUAUUACAAGGAGGCUCUCUACAGUGCUUCCCAGAUCGGCCUAAUAUCCUUCCUAACCUUUGGCAUGUUUGUACAGGGGUUUUGGUAUGGCAGCUACCUUGUAGCCAAGGGUGAACUGACUGCAGGUGAAGUGUUGACAACAUUUUGGGCAUGUUUACAGGCAACACAGUCGAUAGAAGAGAUCAUCCCUCGCUUGAUCGUCCUUGAAAAGGGGCGUACUGCCUCAGCAGCGAUUAAGCAUACCUUCCAUGAUACGUGCCAUACUUGCACGCUCCAAGAUCAAAGGGGGAACUUACUCUCUCCAGUAUUUUGUGAAGGUGAUAUCCGGUUCUCAGAGGUGACAUUUGCGUACCCUUCUCAGCCUGGAAGAAGAGUAUUAGACAAUUGCUCUUUCUUCUUCCCCGCUGGUGAUACAACUUUCGUCGUCGGCAAAAGUGGCUCUGGAAAAAGUACAAUUGGAAAUUUACUCAUGAGAUUUUAUGCGCCAACAUUUGGGGAAAUAUAUAUCGACAACAGGUUGAUCCAGACUUUAGACAUUAGCUGGAUCCGCAACAACAUCACGUUAGUUCAGCAAGAGAGCAUCCUAUUCAACGAAACUAUAUUGAAGAACAUCACAUUCGGUUCCCGCAAUGUUGAAGAUACCACGGCUCGAGAUAUAUCUGCAGCUACAAAACUAGCUGGCUUGCAAGAUACCAUUCUUAGCUUCCCAUCAAGGCUUGACACGAUUGUUGGCUCAGGUGGGAGGUCCCUGAGUGGAGGACAACGCCAAAGGGUGGCAUUAGCAAGGGCGAGAUUGAGGGAUACUCCCAUCUUACUACUUGAUGAGUCCACCAGUGCCUUAGAUCAUUCAAGUAGGGUGUGUUUAAUGAACGCCAUCCGGGCAUGGCGCCAGGGCAAGACCACCAUAAUCAUCACCCAUGACCUGUCCCAAAUUCGAUCCCAGGAUUUUGUGUAUGUCGUCGACCAGGGAAAGAUAGCUCACCAGGGUUACAAGCAUGUCUUAGAGAAGAAGGCAGCUGGUGUGUUCGAACUCAGCAAUCUUACGACUCUACCACCAGAGACCACACCAGCCUCUACAUGGACUUCCAAAGCCCCAGGUCCCCUGUCGGGAGGAAGAAGGGGCUCAAGUUUUAGCAGCAUAGAGCCGUCAGUGACGGAACGGCGCUCAUUAUCAACUCCGCUUUCUCCCUUCUUUCACCAUAGCCUUUCUCUUGAGUGUGCGUAUGCGGACGCAGAUCAGAGCAGCAGACCAAGGGCAUUUAGUACCUCUGGGCGCUUGGCCAAUCCUACAAGUCCUAGGUUCAAAAAUCCCUUUGCUGAUAAAAUACUCUCAGAGUUUGAUUCACCGGACGACAAAAGGGUGGAGAAAGAUUUAGGGCAGCUAUCUGAUCAGGUCCCAGGCGAGCAAAUGCCAUCGCCGAAGGAGUCAGGGCGAGAGUUUUACUCGAUAUUACAAAUUCUCUCAACUGUGAUACCGUCCCUAUCAUCUUUAGGCCGAAUAUCCUUACUUUUCGGUUUCAUUGCUGCUUUUUUUAAUGCGGCUGCAACUCCAUGUUUUUCUUAUAUGUUUUCUCAGCUGCUAAGUACGUUAUUCAUUGUUGAAAACAGAUCCCAGCUAGCAAAGCAAUGGGCACUUGCAGUCUUGGGCAUAGCAAUUGUUAAUGGGGUAGCGUCAUUCUUCAUGCACUAUCUCCUGGAACGAUGUGGUCAAAUCUGGAUAGAUCAGCUUCGUCACAGAGCCAUUCGGAAGAUCCUGCAGCAAUGCAAGUCUUGGUUUGAAAGGGACGAAAACAGUGUAUCUAACCUAAGUCACUGCUUAGAUCGGAACCCUGAGGAAAUGAGAAAUCUCGUUGGGCGAUUUGCCUGCUUCGUGUUUGUUGCUGCUGUCAUGACACUGAUCGGGUUUAUCUGGGGAGUAGCAGUGUGCUGGAAGCUAGCUCUAGUUGGUGCUGCCACUGCGCCUCCUCUCUAUGGCCUAACAAGACUUUAUGAGAAGAUCAGUGGAUUUUGGGAGGCCAAGUCAAACGAAGCCAGUGAGAUAAUGGCGGGAGUAUUUGCUGAGACUUUCCUCGAUAUUCGAACAGUUCGAUCACUGACCUUAGAGUCGUACUUCCAUACUAAACACAACACAUCCAAUGGCAAGGCUUUGACAAUUGGUACCAAGAGAGGGUGUUAUUCUGGCCUAUUCUUUGGAUUUUCAGAGUGUUCGAUUCUUUUCGUCUAUGCUCUCAUCUUUUACUACGGGGCAGUACUUGUUUCUAGUUCACAAUAUUCAGCCAAGGAUGUGCUGAUGGUUUUCUCCAUGCUACUGUUUAGCAUGGCAAAUGUGAAGGGAGUACUCUCCUUGGUUCCACAAAUGAGCUCUUCUAAAGAUUCUGCGACUAGGGUAUUGCACCUGGCUGACAUGCCCGAAGAUCAAUCGCAUGAGGGUCAAGGCAGCCUCCACAUCCCCAACCCUGCGCCUAUUAGUUUCAAGAAUGUGGAUUUUAGUUAUCCAAACCGGCCUGAUAAGAGGAUAUUGAAGAACUUCAACCUGAACAUUCUUAAAGGAACUUGCACUGCGAUUGUUGGGCCUUCUGGCUCGGGGAAAUCAACCAUUGCCUCUCUACUGCUUGCACUAUAUCCAGCUCCGCCACCCGAAGGUAGCAGAGGCAGCAUCACCCUGAGGGGUGUAAACAUCCGCGACAUCCAUGUCCCUACACUGCGGUCAUUGAUCUCGAUUGUCCCCCAGGACCCUACGCUGUUUCCUGCGUCUAUCAAGGAUAAUAUCAUCUACGGGCUGCCAGAAAACUCUCCACUCGAAAUAGCCGCGAAUAUCCAAGCUGCUGCUACGGCUGCCGGAAUUCACGAUUUCAUCUCCUCACUACCGUCAGGGUAUGAUACACUGGUUGGAGAUGGCGGGGUAGGUGUUUCUGGUGGCCAGGCGCAGCGAAUUGUGAUUGCCAGGGCACUUGUCCGCCGGCCACAAGUACUGAUACUAGACGAGGCAACAUCGAGCCUUGACAUCGAGAGUGCAACUGUGAUAAGACAGACGGUGGCGAAACUCAUGGCUUCCAAAGAAGGCCUGACGGUGAUUAUAAUUACACAUGCCAAGGAGAUGAUGGAGCUGGUGGAUAAUGUGGUGGUUGUGGACGAGGGGACGGUGGUUGAGGAAGGGUCCUUUACUGACCUGAGCAGCCGGAGUGGCGGGAGGCUGAGACGGUUGCUGAGGAUGCAGCCGUAG